AUUCGUCCUCGUUAUCGUCAUCUACAAAAACAACGUUAUCCAAGCGCCUCGUUUCUAACACUUUUUUAUUUCCUCAGAAAACCGAAAACAAAGAGACAAAGGAAGGAUCAUGAGAGAAAGAAGAAGACACGAAGAUGAGCAAUCUCGAGCUUUGCACGAACUCUCCUCCCUCGUUCUUAACCUCAUUCGACUGCCUCCGACGCCGGUCGCCUUCUCCGACGAUGCUCCGGCGGCGGCGCGGCCACACGCUCAGAUAACGCCGGCGGGUUUGGCCUCCCUUUUGCUCGGAAUCUCCCUGGCUUUGAUGCUGUGUGGAUCGGUCACGUUCUUCAUUGGGUUCGUCUUGAUGCCGUGGGUUCUCGGAUUGGUCAUGAUUUUCUACGUCGCCGGAGUCGUCUCCACCAUCUCCGUCGUCGGCCGCUCCAUUCUCUGCUACGCCACCGCGCCCUCGCCGCCGCGGAAGGACGUUCCCGCGUGGAAGGUUAUGUGAAGUGAGAAAUAAAGAAUGAAAAUGAGGACUAGGAUGGUGCCUCACGCAACCUAUGGGAGCUUGUAUGGAUCUCCUUUUAGUUGAUGUGGUUAUGAAAUGGGUGGAUAUGAUUUCUCUGUGCAUUAGAAAUGGGCAAGUAGAAUUCUGAAGAACUGCUUACUACUACGUACCUUGGUAUUCAAUGGUUCUUCCCAGCUUCCUUCUUCCGUUGUCAAUUAUUUGUUAAAUUCUCAAGCUUAGGCUGUUGAAUUUCCUUUUGUUUAGUUGUAAAAAGAGAAGGAAAAAUAUGAUUUGACUCCUGAGAAGAGAACAGGGGUUGUACCAGAUCAAGAAACAUGUUUUCGAAUCGGAUGCUUGUUGUGUAUAAUGUCUGUAGCAGCCAAUAUUAUUCAAUUUGCAUGGGAAGGCUAGUUAAUUAAUGGUUUAUUGUUGCCCAUAUAUAAUUCCUUGCUUGCAACUGUCACCAAUUCAUGCUUCCAAUUGUAGUUUUAUCUUGUUAAACAAAGUAGUUUUUUUAUUUAUUUAUCAGUUUUUGAAUAAAUGCUGUGGAAUCUCUAGUGCCAUGAGUAUUAUAAGUGGCUUGAAAAUAUAGGUUCAAAGUUUU